AGGCACCAUGUAACGCUCACCGCAGGCAGCUGUUGUUUCACGCUAACGAAAACUGUGUUUUUAAUGCAGGUUUGCGGUUUGUUUAUUCGUCUUCCCGGCGGAGUACAUCUUGUCUAACGGAGUAAAUUCAAGUGUAACGUGAAACACCGUUUGUCGCGCUUCCCUGCGUUCGGUACAGUGUGUUUGGGCAGACUGUCAUGUUCAACCCCAGUGAACUAGAAGGCGAAGUGGAUCAUUCAUUUUUCGAUAGUGACUGCGAUGAUGGUGGCAUCAGCAGAGAUGGAGGCAAAAAGACUGAGAACCCACCAGAACAUGAGAAACUUCAUGCAAAAAAGACUGAAAAAACAAAAGAUGGCUUGUUGCCAAGGACUAAUAGGACAAAAAAACACCUGAAGCAAGUUAACAGCAACAGAGGCAGGACACCAAGGAAAGGGAACAGCUUUCAAUCAAGGGAAGAAGAGAAGAGCAGUGCAUCCGAUGUAUCCUCUGUUGCCUCUAGGUCAGAUAAAAUCAUCAAUAAUAGCAGUGAUAGUGAGGAAGAUCAUUUGCAUUCUAAAAGGCCCAGUGGUACAUUUAUGGCUUUGUUGGCUGAGGCCACAGAGGUACGAGAUAAGGGUGUGUACAGCCAGAGUCCUAACGAGACUGAUGAAGAAGCAUUAUCGUCCAGUGCCAAACACUUAAGCUCGAAAAGUAGAAGUAAACAAUCUCCUAAAAAACUGAUACGAAAUUGGCGCACCCGAAGUCCAUCCCCCACUUCAACAGAGGCCAGUGUAGAAGCAGACUCUGAAAGCUCUUCUAGCAGUUGCGGAGGGAGAAGCAGUUUAGGUUCCCCCACCCUUCCCAAACCCAAGAAGUCUUCUUUAUCCAAUGGAGAGAAAAGGGCCAGAGUGGGCUCAGCAGGAUCUCGAGAUUUGCCUAACAGCCAUACAGGAGAAUCAGAUGAUACAGUGACAGAUGUGAGCCCUCUCUCCUCUCCUGACAUCAGCCCUCUGCAGUCGUUGGACCUGAACCAUGCAGAGGCUGAAGAGGGAAGCCCUAAAGCACAGCAGCAGCAGGAGAGUGUGCCCUCGUGUGGCCUCAGCGAUAUACAUCAAGAUGAGGACUCAGAUGAGGGCGUGGAUGAGUGCUCACUCAGUUCAGAGAGUCAUCUUGGAGGUAAACUGGUCUUCCACUGUCCUGGAAGAAGAAACAGGAAGAACUACUCGUUCACCAAUGACGAGGUCCGGCGCAUCGAUCGAGAGAACCAGCGACUUCUUCGGGAGCUGUCACGCCUUUCUCCAGGGCCCCGACCGGGAAGUAGAGUGGGCAAGAAAACCAAAAUGGCCGUUAGCUCGCCUCUCAUUCGCCUCUCUCACAGUGCACUCAACAGGCAGCGGGAACAGCAACGCAUUGAGAGGGAGAACCUGGCUUUCCUGAAGAGACUGGAGUCUGUCAAGCCUACACCUGGCCUGAUGCGCUCAGAGCAACUGGCAGACUACCAGCGCCAAGUUGGAUACCUGGGAGGUCCUUCAUACCCCAUUUAUGGGUCCACUUUGAAGAAAGAGAGGUCUACCAGCAGGAUAAACUCAGCAGGUUCCAGGUCAGCCAUUUCCGCCCACCACAGCUCCAGAGCAGUUUCCACCAGACCAGUUUCACCUGACUCCAGCAGCACACCUGUACCCAGGGCAAAAAAACUGAGCGCAGCCCGACCAGCCUGGUGCUAAGGAAACUGCUGUUUUCAGACAUCCAAACUACUAAGAAGUAAAUUGCUGGUUCCCUUUUGGCACCCAUUCAUCACAAAAGGUACAAAGUUCAAAGGAUCUUUUUUUCAGCAUACCUUUAAAUAUCUUUAUCAGCUAGUCAGUGAGUCUGUUUUCGACUUUUACAUUACAAAGAAGACAGACUUUUUUGCUGCUUCUUGAUGCUGAAAUAUAGCAAAUGAUACUCUGGGCUCACAGCUUUCGCAAUGCACUUGAAUAGUUCAACUGUUGCUUCUGAAUACUGCAGUAAGUCUACAAUUAUCUUGCUCUACUUUUGUAGAAAAUAUUGCCUUCACUUCAACAGCCGUGCUGAAAUUAUAAAAAUAACAAAAUUCACUGUGUAUUAUUUCAGUAAGUGACAUUUCAAUUAAAUAUGCUAUUUUUGUUUGCCUCCACCUCUCACAUUUGUACAGUUUAUGAUUCCUAAAGACUUUUUUUGUUUUUAAACAAUUAAAAAAGUUAUUAGAA